AUGGCAUCUUCAUCACCAUCUUCUCCUUCAGUGCCUGCCUUUUCUUAUCAGCUGUGGAAGUACCAUGUUUUUAUUAGUUUUAGAGGAGUGGAUACUCGUAAGAACAUUGUGGAUCAUCUCUACAAAGCUCUUCUACAACGAGGGAUCUCCACAUACAAGGACGACGAAACACUUCCUAGGGGCGAAUUAAUCAGGCAAUCCCUUAUGAAGGCGAUCAAAGACUCAUAUAUUGCCAUCAUUGUAUUCUCUAAAAACUUUGCAAAUUCUUCAUGGUGCUUAGAGGAGCUUUCACAUAUUAUGAAAUGCAGAGAUACAAGAGGGCUAAUAGUUAUCCCCAUCUUUCAUAAGGUCAGUCCCUCAGUGAUACAGAAAUGUGGAGAAGCACUCUUUGAACAUAAGCUGAAGAACGAAAAGAAAGCUAAAUCCUGGAGAAAAGCACUUGUGUAUGCAUGUAGCAUAUCUGGAUUGGAAACCUAA